CUGUCAACAUUUCCCGCGCAAAUCCACAGCGCGUUCCUUCAUAAACAAGAUCGUGAAGUGCUGCUAUUUGUUGUGGAAUACUUGGAGAACUUGGCCCGAAAUAAUUAAAGUAAUUUGAAAAUGUCAAGUCCAGCUCAAUCGCCCAAUGUCAGGUCUGGCACACCAAAGCAAGGAGCGCGCACGCCCACACGAGGCAUUGCUGCCCAGGAUGUAGAUACACCCAUGCGCAUGGGCCCUGGCCGUGUGCCCGGCAGAGCAUCGGACAACAUUAGUCUGCCCCCCACAUCGCCGGCCAAUAUUAGCUUGCCCGCUACGAGUCCGGCUCGAGGCUUGGGCGGCAUGAGUGAGAUUGACUUGAGCUCUCCGCUAAACUAUGGCACGCCCAGCUCCAUGGGCUCUAUUCGUACACCACGCUCCGGUAUACGCGGCACUCCGUUGCGUGCGCGUCCAGAUAUACGGACGGACAAGCGCAUACGCCAAGUGGCCAUUGGAGGCACAUCGGGUCUGGAACCCAUAGCCGAAAAGGGGUCAGAGACCGAUCCGGUGUCGGAGUCCUCUUCAGCUCCUCAGCUAGUUGUCUGGGGCACCAAUGUGGUUAUCAGUCAAUGCAAGUCCAAGUUCAAAUCAUUUAUUAUGCGCUUCAUCGAUCCAAGUGCAGAGCAGGAUGAGAUUUCGGAAAAUAUAGAUGUUAAUCAGCCAUUGUACCUGCAAAAGCUGGAGGAGAUUCACACGUUGGAGGAGCCCUAUCUGAAUCUGAAUUGCGCACAUCUGAAGACAUUUGAUGUGGACUUGUACCGCCAGUUGAUAUGCUAUCCACAGGAAGUGAUUCCUGGCUUUGAUAUGGCCAUAAAUGAGAUGUUCUUUGAACAAUAUCCGGCCGCUGAGCUAGAGCAUCAGAUUCAAGUGCGACCCUUCAAUGCGGAUAAGACGCGUAAUAUGCGCUCUCUGAAUCCGGAAGACAUGGACCAAUUGAUUAGUAUUAGUGGCAUGGUCAUUCGCUCGUCUAACGUAAUACCCGAAAUGCGUGAAGCGUUCUUCAUGUGCAACAUAUGCUCCUUCUGCACCACCGUCGAGGUGGAUCGUGGUCGCAUUGCCCAGCCAACGCUCUGCACCAAUUGCAACACCAAUCACUGCUUCCGCAUCAUCCACAAUCGCAGCGAGUUCACAGACAAACAGCUUAUCAAGUUGCAGGAAUCUCCCGACGAUAUGGCAGCUGGCCAGACGCCACACAAUGUCCUGCUAUAUGCCCACAACGAUCUGGUAGACAAAGUGCAGGCGGGUGAUCGUGUCACAGUCACUGGCAUCUAUCGUGCCACGCCCCUAAGAGGCAAUGGUCAGAAUGUGAAGAGUGUGUACAAGACGCACGUCGAUGUGGUUCAUUUCCGUAAGGUCGAUAACAAGCGUCUGUACGAAGAGGAGGAAGGCAAGGAUCAUAUAUUCCCACCCGAACGUGUGGAACUGCUGCAAUUGCUGUCGAAGAAGCCCGAUAUCUAUGAUCGCUUGGCCCGCGCUAUUGCGCCCUCCAUCUAUGAGAAUGAUGACAUUAAGAAGGGAAUACUCUUGCAGCUCUUUGGCGGCACCAAGAAGAAGCACUCGACACUUGGCCGCCAGAACUUUAGGUCGGAAAUUCAUUUGCUGCUCUGCGGUGAUCCAGGCACAUCCAAGUCACAAAUGUUGCAGUACGUCUACAAUCUGGUGCCGCGCUCGCAGUAUACAUCGGGACGCGGCUCCUCAGCUGUGGGCUUAACUGCCUAUGUCACCAAGGAUCCGGAGACACGUCAACUUGUGUUGCAAACUGGAGCUCUUGUGCUGGCUGACAACGGCGUUUGCUGCAUAGAUGAGUUCGAUAAGAUGAACGAUUCAACGCGCAGUGUCCUGCAUGAGGUGAUGGAGCAGCAGACCUUGAGCAUCGCCAAAGCUGGCAUCAUUUGUCAAUUGAAUGCAAGAACGUCAAUAUUGGCUGCCGCAAAUCCCGCCGAGUCGCAGUGGAAUAAACGUAAAAAUAUCAUUGACAAUGUCCAAUUGCCGCACACCUUGCUCUCGCGGUUCGAUUUGAUUUUCCUGGUACUGGACCCUCAAGAUGAGAUCUUUGACAAACGUCUGGCGAGUCAUUUGGUCUCUCUGUACUAUGUGACCCGUCACGAGGAGGAAGACACUAUGUUUGAUAUGAGCGUGUUGCGUGACUACAUUGCCUAUGCUCGGGAGCAUCUCUCUCCCACUCUCUCGGAUGAGGCACAACAGCGUCUGAUCCAGGCGUAUGUAGAUAUGCGCAAGGUGGGCGCUGGACGUGGUCAGAUCUCAGCUUAUCCUCGCCAGCUGGAGAGCUUGAUUCGUCUGUCCGAGGCGCAUGCCAAGGUUCGGCUAAGCAAUUCGGUGGAGCUGCAGGAUGUGGAGGAGGCUUGGCGCCUGCAUCGCGAGGCACUUAAACAAUCGGCCACGGAUCCGCUAUCAGGCAAAAUCGAUGUGGGCAUCCUAACCACCGGCUUGUCUACGGCAGCUCGCAAGAAACGCGCCGAUUUGGUGGCUGCCAUCAAGGAAAAUCUUAAGAAGAAGGGUAAAGUGCCAACUGUGCCCUACCAGAAACUAUUCAAGGAGAUCAAGGAGGGAUCUCAAAUUAUGAUUACACGUGAACAGUUUGAGGAUGCUCUGAAAGAAGUUCAAGAUGAAGGAGCCAUAGUUGUUAUGGGCAAGAACACCAUUAGAAUUUGUUAAUUUCAUUACAGCACA